AGAGGCCCAGCCAGCAUGCGAGCAGCCCUGCUGGCGAUUCUCUCGGCCCUGGGGCUGCUGGCCCCGGGCCCCGUGUCCGCCGACAAGAUUCCCAUAGGUGCAAUUUUCGAGCAGGGAACGGAGGAAGUGCAGGCGGCGUUCAAAUACGCGAUGCUGCAACACAACCAGAACAUCACAGCCAGGCGAUUUGAGUUACAAGCCUACGUCGACGUCAUCAACACGGCCGACGCUUUCAAAUUAUCGAGAAUAAUUUGCGCUCAGUUUUCGCGCGGCGUCUUCCUGAUGCUGGGCGCCGUCAACCCUGACUCGUUUGACACGCUGCACUCGUACGCCAACACCUUCCAAAUGCCCUUCGUGACUCCGUGGUUCCCCGAGAAGGUGCUGGCGCCGAGUUCCGGCUCGCUGGACCACGCCAUCUCGAUGCGCCCAGACUACCAUAAGGCCAUCAUUGACGUCAUCCGCUACUACGGCUGGCGGAAGAUCAUCUACUUGUACGACUCCCAUGACGGUCUGCUAAGACUGCAGCAAAUUUACCAGGGUCUGCAGCCUGGAAAUGAUUCGAUCCAGGUCGAGGCCGUCAAACGUCUGCAGAACAUCUCCGACGCCAUCAACUUCUUGCACCACAUUGAGGAUCUCAGCAGGUGGACGCCAAAGUACAUUGUGUUGGAUUGUCCAACUGAAAUGGCCAAGGAAAUCGUUGUAUCUCACGUCAGGGACAUCACCCUCGGCAAACGAACAUACCACUAUCUUCUCAGCGGUCUGAUUAUGGACGAUCGGUGGGAGAGCGAGGUGAUUGAGUAUGGAGCCAUCAACAUAACCGGCUUCAGGAUUGUGGACACGAGUCGCCGGAUGGUUCGCGAGUUUCUUGAAGGUUGGCGCAAAGUGGAGCCUGGAAAUCAGUCGCCGGCGGGAAGUGUGGCCGCGCGCGAAACUAUUUCUGCGCAAGCGGCACUAAUGUACGACGCCGUGUCGGUAAUGAUCGAGGUGUUCAACAAGUUGCUGCGGAAGAAGCCGGACCUGUUCCGGCCAAACGUUCGCCGCGGCCAGGUUUUCAACAACGGAAGUCGCGGCCUCGAGUGUAAUUACAGCAAAAAUUGGGUCACGCCCUGGGAGCACGGAGACAAAAUUUCACGAUUUCUACGCAAAGUGGAGCUUGAAGGUUUGACGGGCGAAAUUCGCUUCAGUGAGGAAGGCCACCGGAUAAAUUACACUUUGCACGUGAUGGAGAUGACAGUCAACAGCGCCAUGGUCAAGGUCGCCGAGUGGACCGACGAAAAGGGCUUCACACCUGUGGCCGCCAAAUACGUGCGGCUGAAGCCUUUCUCCGAGAUUGAGCGCAAUCGAACCUACAUCGUCACAACUAUUGUGGAGGAACCAUACAUAAUGAUGCGAACUCCAGAGCCAGGUGAAAAUUUGACUGGCAACGACAGAUUUGAAGGCUACUGCAAGGACUUGGCCGACUUGAUUUCCAAAAAACUUGAUAUUCGAUAUGAGCUUCGAAUUGUCAAGGACGGAGCUUACGGGGCUGAAAAUCCUGACGUCAAGGGAGGCUGGGACGGAAUGGUUGGAGAACUCGUCAGGAAGGAGUCAGACAUGGCGAUAUCCGCCCUGACCAUCACGAGGGCGCGGGAAAGGGUUUUGGACUUUUCAGAGCACUUCAUGGACCUGGGCAUCUCGAUCAUGAUCAAAAAACCAGCCAAACAGGCACCUGGUGUGUUCAGCUUCAUGCUGCCGUUUGGCAGAGAAGUCUGGGCAGCCAUUUUCGGCGCCUACCUUUUCGUCACGACGGUCAUGUACGUUUCGCACUGCUGGAGACAGACCGUCUGCAGACCUAGGAGAACUCGGUACGUCCAGCAAAUGGGCUGGGUGGCCAUCGCCACGUCCAUCAGCCACCAGUUCAGCCUGAAAAACUGCAUGUGGUUCGCGUUGGCGAGCGCCUUCAAGCAGGGCAACGUGCUGCUACCCAGGUCGAUAUCAGGUCGAAUAGUGGGCAGCGUCUGGUGGUUCUUCACUCUCAUCCUCAUCUCUUCGUACACUGCCAACUUGGCUGCGUUUCUCACCGUCGAGCGCAUGGUGGCUCCGAUAAACUCGCCUGAAGAUUUGGCCUCCCAGACUGAAGUCGAGUACGGCACCCUGUACCACGGAUCUACCUGGGACUUCUUUAGACGUUCACAGAUUACCCUGUACAGCAAGAUGUGGGAGUUCAUGAAUUCGCGGAAGCACGUGUUUGUCAAGACCUACGACGAAGGAAUCAGACGCGUUCGCCACUCGAAAGGCAAGUACGCCCUGUUGAUCGAGUCGCCGACCAACGAUUACACAAACGAGCGCGAGCCAUGCGAUACCAUGAAGGUUGGCCGAAACCUGGACGCCAAGGGCUUCGGGGUGGCCACCCCUCUUGGCUCGCCGCUCCGAGACGGAAUCAACCUGGCCGUGUUGUCGCUCAAGGAGAACGGCGAACUGGCCAAGCUGAAGAACAAAUGGUGGUACGACCGCACCGAGUGCAGACAUGACAACAAACAGGACGCAUCCAGAAAUGAACUAUCGUUGAGCAACGUUGCUGGUAUAUUUUACAUUCUUAUCGGCGGUUUGGUCCUUGCAAUGGGAGUAGCCCUUUUGGAGUUUUGUUACAAGUCACACGUCGAGGCAGGACGCGCAAAGAUUCCGUUGUCAGACGCGAUGAAAGCAAAGGCCCGGCUCACCAUAGGCGGCUCGCGUGAUUACGACAAUGGCCAGCUUUUCGGCGAGCCCUCGUAAAUCACGCAAGGUUGACAGCGCCUUUCACACACACAGAAACGUGUGCCACACGCGCGUCUCAAGAAAGAAAACAAGAUUAAUUCUUAUACCAUGCAUGCAUUAUGCAUUGUUGAAUAUCACGUGAAUACAGGAUGGAAAAUUGUUGUGAUUGGCUCUGUAUAAAUGGGUCCUGCCAUAAUCUUUGCCGACCCCUUGGUGAACGAAAAAAAUCUUGAAAUUUAUUCUGCACACCAUUUUUUCACAUUUGAAAUUGUUUGUUGUUUAGGUUGGCGCCCAUCCAUAAUAAAUGUGCAUGUCGCUGCAAGAAUGCCGAUCUAUAAACUGACCCACCCCUGUUUGUUUGAAAUAAAUUAAUCUUUAAAUUUGUAAACUUCGUCAAAAGCUGGAUCAAACCUUCUUCAUCCCUCAAAUUUAUGUAUGUGUGAAGAAAGUUAGAUAUUUAUAUCAAUGUUAUAUUCAGAAAAACUAAAAACCUUAAAAUUAACCAAAACCUAAAUUUCAAAUGUUAGAUGAUAGAAACUUAAAAUACGACAAAACUAAACAAAUCAUUAAAUUUAAGAUGGUGUUUGUAAAAAAAUUGUGCAAUAAAAUUUCACUAUGCAACGUUGGA